AUGGACGUAUCGCCGCUAGCGAGGCUCGACAGCUUGCCACCAGAGCUGCUAGACAAGAUCGUCUUGCACUGCCUCGAUCAUUCGCCGGCCUAUCGCGAUUAUGCACACCGUCCUGGCAGCAAGACCGUCGCAGAGAAGCCAGAGAGGAAGAAACGCCAAGUUGACGUCACUGCGCUCAGCGAGACAUGCAAGUACAUCAGAAGUGUUUGCCGCAAGCGUCUCUUCAGGGUUAUCCAGCCAUGGUCUGUCGAUGCGCUGGCAAGCCUCGUUGACACUUUGUCCGCGUCAGGUGGUAUGCAAAACAUGAUCAAGGACUUUGACGACAGAGAUCUGUUCAUCAGACUCUGCGAUCAGGAGACAGUCAGCCAAAUUUACAUCGAGCUUUUCGAAAUGAUGCAAGACCUUGACUCGCUUUCGAGCUCACUGCAUGGAGCUAGUCAUCUGGAGAGACUCUUCCUCAAUGUACCAGAGUUGUCGCACAGGCUCAUGAAGCUCAGGAUCACAAAUUAUGACGAGCUUGUGACCGAUCCCGAAAGCGCAGGUCCAAGUGGUCCCAAUCAGCACGUGCCGCGGAUCAUCGAGCUGUGCGGGCAGUUGCGUAGCUUGCACAUCUCCUCUGAUCUGCAGCGCGGCACCAGACCGCCCGAAUCCAACUUCGAAGCUCGUAUGUCAGCUCAGGUUGCGCUCGCUCGCGCGAUCGUCGGUCAUCCAUCGUUGCAAGAACUGUAUCUCUUGACCCGGAUGCAAGUACCAGCAUCUGCGUGGUCUGAUGACUGGAAGAGCCAGCUCCAUACUCUGGCGCUGCAGUAUGCCUUUACGCCAGAAGCGGUCAUGGCUAUCCUAAGAGCGCACUGCAACUCAAUCAAGACACUCCAUCAUUUCGUGGACGACAUCCCGAGACCAGGGAUACGCCUCGAUCCAUCAAAUAGACUCCCCAUGAGCGAGCUCAGGCGCCUUCAUGUUUCGAACGUGUCGAUGCUCGCACAAAGGAUCAUCAUGCCAAGCUUGUGCGACGUCCAGAUCCACAGCACGAAAGCGAUGGAGGCACUGCUUCACGAGCUGCCAGCAUUGCCGACCCUGCAUACCGUUGGCAUCAAUUGGGACGGCGUUCCCAAUGCAGACAUGAUGGAACUCGGUCGCUGGCACCGUAUUCUGGGCCGCCUCAAUCGGGCACUCAAAGCACGCAAGAUCACCGUACUAGAUCGCCAGUCUCUCAAUGAGACCGGUCACCUCGAUGAUCUCGAUGACAGACUCUUUGCCAAUCGAAAAUAUUUACUGCCCCCCUAUCGGCCGAGGCAAAGUCAUCACGGUACCGUACCAAUCGAUGAUGAACGACGCGAACGCGCGACUGUCGGCUUGAACGGACAUCGAUACGUUGCCAUGUCGGCGUCGCCGGAGCUUUAUCGCAAUGCCGGCACUUCCACAACAGCGUCCACAGACAUCACGACCUCUUCUCCCGGCUUCCCCGCCGGCGCAUCAGUCUUGUCCGAGCAAACGCACAUGUCGCACCAAGAGGAUAUCACGGCAGAUAGCGUCGAUGCGGGCGAACUGGAGACCUACCGAAACCGACCGUAUGCUGCUCAGACGCCAGAUUAUCGGCGCGGGCAGAGCAGGACGGCAACAGAAGCGACUGCGAGUCUCAUGGACGAAGGAGGAGACAGAUGGGCAUCUGCAGAUUACGAGUCGUCCGACGAGGAUGAAGACAUGGCCGAUGACGAUAGCUUGAUAGACGCUACGGAGGAAGAAGUAGAAGCAAGAGUGCUCAGGGAUCUCGGCUGGGACCAGCCAAAGGCAUUCACGUGGGAACUCGAUGACUCUUGGCGGGCUGAACAUGCUGCAAUGCUCAUCAAGCGCAACCUUGCUCAUUACGACGAGCAGACGUUGAGCAAGAACAUCGUGCAAAGGCUGCGUGCCAAGGUGGACGAACUCGACGUGACAGACUGGCAGUAUCCUUGUCCGCGCGGGUUCGAGCACAUCACACCAAGUAACACAACCUCUAUAGAGAGCAGUCUGCCCGUCGCUUGGAUAGACCGUAUGCCCGACAUGCUCAGCACUGCAUCACGCGACUCAGACGUAAGCCUGUUACGUGGCUUUCAAGUCGGCUCAGGUGCCAACGCAAACGAUCUCGAUACAAGCCUAUCAGUACUUCAAGGCAGUCGGACGCGUGCGAUGGCCUAG